AUGGAACGAUUGUACUACGAUCCCGAAGAUCCGGCAUCAUACGGUGGCGUCACACCUCUAGUGCGAGCGAUUCGUGACGGGAUUGAGAAGAAAAACAAUAACAAGGGGAAAAAGAAAAAGACAACACGAAAAGUGGUGUUGGACUGGUUACGAACACAAGACACUUACACAUUGCACAAGCCGGUGCGUAAACGAUUCGCACGCAACCGUUACGUUGUAUUCGGUCCGGACGAAUUGUGGCAAGCAGAUUUGAAUGACAUGCGCGGUCUGAGUGCGUUCAACGACGGAAUCAAUUAUCUGUUGACGGCGAUUGACGUGUUCAGUAAAAGAUUGUACGUGGUGCCGUUGAAAACUAAGAGCGGCGCAGAAGUGGCCAACGCGUUCGAGAACAUAUUUAAAAAAACCACCGUCACACCUCCGAGAUGUCUGCAGACGGACAAGGGUACGGAAUUCACCGGCGCCAAGGUGAAACAAUUGUUCAGAAAAUACAAUGUCAGAUACGUCACGACACAGAACCCCGACGUGAAAUCGGCGGUCGUUGAACGUGUCAAUCGCACUUUGAAAUCACGCAUGUGGCGCUAUCUCACGUACAAAAACACGCACCGUUACAUCAACGUGUUACAAAAACUGGUGAACGCCUACAAUCGAAGUGCACACAGAAGUUUGGGCACUGACGGUGGCAGAGGCUUACGGCCGAUAGACGUGAAGAAAGAAGAUAAGAAAAUCGUUUAUAGAGUGUGGAAGAACAUGUACAGCAGUGGCAGUGGCAGCGGCAUCAAGACUAAAUUGCCUAAGCGUAGAAAGGCGAAAUUCAUAGCGGGUGACACGGUGCGUAUCGCUAAGGAAAAAGGUACGUUCACCAAAGGAUACGAGACGAACUGGAGUAAAGAAGUGUUUGUCGUGGACCGCGAAUACGGCCAUCAUCCGUUGCCGUUGUACUUGUUGCGUGAUUUGAAUGGAUCACCAUUGAUCGGUCGUUUCUACGAAGAAGAAUUGCAGAAGAUCACUCUGCCACCGGACCGUCUGUACGAAAUCGAUAAAAUACUUGACACCAAAGGUGUCGGUCGCAGUAAGCGUUACCUCGUCAAGUGGAUAGGUUACGGUAACGAGUUUAACUCUUGGAUACCGGCGUCGGAAGUUAAACAAUUAUAA